GUUUUUUUGUAUAAGGGCUGGGAUUUCGGGUUAAAUAUUCAAAAUGGCGGACGGAGGAGCAGCGAGUCAAGAUGAGAGUUCAGGACCAGAUUCUAAAAUGAGUAAUCCGUCUGAAUCGAGUAAAUGUGCAAUGGAGAGUGGCGACGGAAGCACAGGUGCCCAAACAAAUGGACUGGACUUUCAGAGACAGUCCGUGCAGACCACAAACGCCAUCACCAACGCACACGCACAGGCUCUGCUCCAACAGUUGACUCUGACUCCGGCACAGCAGCAGUUGUUGCUGCAGCAGGCCCAGGCCCAGUUGUUGGCGGCGGCCGUGCAGCACUCAGCCAGCCAGCAGAGCAGCACCAGCGGGGCCAGCAUCUCCGCCUCCGCAGCCACCCCCAUCACCCAGAUCCCCCUGUCCCAGCCCAUCCAGAUCACACCCCAGCUGCAGCAGCUCCAGCAGCAGAACCCCAACCUGCAGCAGUUUGUCCUGGUGCAGCCCGGCCUGCCCAUCGCCACCCAGCUGCAGCCGGCACAGUUCAUCAUCUCCCCCUCGCCGCAGGGACAGCAGAUGUCCCCACUUCAAUGGAGUUGGGGUUCGUGCACACCCCAGGGGCAGCAGAGUCUCCUGCAGGCUCCUAACCUACUAACACAACUACCUCAGAGCCAAGCCAACCUCCUGCAGACCCCUAGCAUCACCCUCGCCACCCAGCCUGCGACCCCGACUCGCACGAUAGCAGCUACCCCCAUCCAGCCCCUGCCCCACACCCAGGUGACACCAAAGCGCAUGGACACGCCCGGCCUGGAGGAGCCCAGCGACCUGGAAGAGCUCGAGCAGUUCGCCAAGACCUUCAAACAGAGGAGAAUCAAACUGGGCUUCACUCAGGGGGACGUUGGCCUUGCCAUGGGAAAGCUUUAUGGCAACGACUUCAGCCAAACCACCAUCUCUCGAUUCGAGGCCUUGAACCUGAGCUUUAAAAACAUGUGCAAGUUGAAGCCCCUGCUGGAGAAGUGGCUCAACGAUGCAGAGAACCUGACGUCUGACCAGGCGCUGUCCAGCCCCAGCUCCCUGGGCUCCCCUGGCCUGGGGAUAGAGGGGCUGAACCGCCGCCGCAAGAAGAGGACCAGCAUCGAGACCAACAUCCGCGUGGCCUUAGAGAAGAGCUUCAUAGAGCAGAACCAAAAACCUACCUCUGAGGAGAUCACCAUGAUCGCCGACCAGCUCAACAUGGAGAAGGAGGUGAUCCGCGUCUGGUUCUGCAACCGGCGCCAGAAGGAGAAGAGGAUCAACCCCCCCAGCAGCGGCAGCGCCGGCAACACCCCCAUCAAGGCCAUCUUCUCCCCCUCCACCCCACUGGGGGGCGGAAUUGGGAGACGGGCGGAAUUAGGAGACUUGACUAUACCAUUAUACACAUCCAACUCCAUCAAGGCCAUCUUCUCCCCUUCAGCUCCACUGGUGUCCACGGCGAGCCUUGUGACCAGUAACACACCGACCACACUGACCGUAAACUCAGCUUUGCCUCUCACCAGCACCAGCGUCUCUGGUCUGUUCACUGGAACAACCAUCACUGCAUCCCCCAUUUCCACCAACACAGCCUCGGUCAUCUCCGCCACCCCCACCCUGAUCGCCGCUCCCGCCGCCGCCAGCUCGCCCUCCCUCAGCCCCUCCCCCACUGGGGCUUCGCUGCAGACCGCCGGAGGCGCCACGUCGUCGGCCACCGAGGCCAACGGCAGCAGCGGAGGAGGGACCGCCGGUAGCAACGGGCCUCAGGAGAGCUCCGGAGGAGGAGGCGAGGCGGCGGCUGCGGUGGCGGUCAGCCAGGCAGCCCCCACGCCGGUGUCCUCGCUGGCCUCGGCCCUGAGCUCCGGCCAGGUGAUGGUGUCCGGGCUGUCGGCCGCCCUACAGGGCCAGCUGCCCACCAGCGCCAGCCUCGCCACCAUGGCCGGACUCAACACCGCCGGACUCAUGGCCUCCGCCUCGCAGUUCAACCCCGGGGGGGCGUUGUUGAGUCUGGCUCCAGGAGGUUUGGGUAGCGCACUGAAUCCUGCACUGAUGAGCAACAGUGCCUUGGCCACUAUCCAAGCGUUAGCCUCCAGUGCUCUGCCCAUCACCUCGCUGGACGGCAACGGUAACCUGCUCUUCGCCAACACCAGCGCUGCGGGCGGUGCGCCCAACCUGGUGACGGCGCCGCUCUUCCUGAACCCGCAGAACCUCUCGCUGUUCGCCAGCAACCCCUUCAGCCUGGUGUCGGCCGGGGCGGCCGGCCUGCAGCUGGCCGCCGACGCCCACCAGAGCGCUGUGACCGCAGUCCCCGCCUCCACCAUAAGCACCGCCUCCAAGGCACAGUAAAAGGGGGAGGGGCAAAGGAGGAGUUAGGUGUCGGUGGGGCAUGUUCUAGGGGGUUGGGGUUGAGCGGGGAGGAGCACUCUUGGUGCCUCUCUGCUGCGCUCCACAAACCCCUCAUCAUGGUCUCUGUCGUCGUCUCUCUCCCUCUUGGUUCCUUCCUUUCCUUCCUUCCUACAUUUCUAUUUCUCAUCGUGAUCCUCCUCGGCUUUCUCCUCUGCAUCGUGCACCGUCAAGGCGCAGUUCGUACCCAUUGAAAUCUCUCCAUUGAAAUCUCUCUCUUGCUGCCAUCCAAAAAAAAGAAAAAGACACUAAAUGAGGAUUUUUUUUUCCGUAAAAGGUGUCCUCCCUGCAUUAACUCCAGAAUGUUGAGAUUGGAGGGUGGCUUGAUCUCAUUUCACUUUUGUUUUUUCUUUUUCUGUCUGGGGGCUGUUGCCAUGGGAAUAGUGACAUCAUAAUAGCCGAGCAGAGUGCAAGAGUUUCUUCUCUGCGCUUGUCUCGGCGGUGCAAUCCCAUUGGCUGAUGUGUUGGUGGGCCUCGGCCUUCUCAGACAAACCAAGAUGGCGGCCCUCUCGGCGCCCUCUGGUCUCCUUCUCAUCGUCUCUCAACUCUACCCUUCACUCUUCACUUUUUCUGAGCUGCUUUCAAAGACUCUUAACCAAAAAAUGUUUGAUCUUUUCUUUUCAACUGGUCAUUUCUUCUUGUGAUGAGGUCCACUUCACCGGUGGGAGGUCCUACGUAGUAUAUCAUUGGCCUUGUUCAAUGGUCGUCAUAUCAGUUUUGUUUUUUGUUUUUUUUUAUUAAUAUUCCCAUGUUCGUCUCUUUUCCAUUUUUGAUUCUUAAAACCGGGAGUCAGCUUUAAGGUUGUACGUCACAUAUAUGUGGUUACAAUGCUUUAAACAGAAGUAAUAAGUGGCAGAUGUAUGGUUUCAUCGCUUUAAGGAAAUGUGCAACUGUCGGAAAACACUGUUUUUAUUUUUAUUUUAAUUUUAUUUUUUGAAGGCCCAUGGUGUAAAACCUUCUUACAGGAUGACCAGACUAAUGAUGGCUGAGGAGCUGGCAUCCUUUAUAGAGGGCAAACAUAUGAAAUGGUGAUUGUUGAUUGAGGUGUUUUAAUUUCUCUACAUGAAUGUCAGUCUGCUUGGUCUUCUCAAACACAGCCAAAUACUGUAACCUGGUCUGCUCUGAUUUUGGCCAAGUCUAGACGAUGGGCUUUUUAAUUUUGUUUUCUUGUUUUAUUUACUGUUUGUCAGUGAUGGUCAGGAUGUUUUUCAAAAGGCCGAUGUCAAACCCGGCCUCAACAUUUAUUGAGGAGAAGUUGGUGGGAUGUUGACAAAAGGAGUGUUAUGGAUGGUUGGUUGGUUCAAUAUCGUUUUUUUGG